AUGAGAACAAUAGUAUUACUUUUGCUAUUGGCAAUAACCUCCAUUAAGUCUGUGCAUGUCGAAGUUAGCAAUAAUCAUAUUGUCUAGAGGCUUCAAAGAGAAUCUAAGUUCCUAAAUGAUUUAGUGAAUCACAAAUGGCAUGAACUUAAUCAUCAAGAUAGAGUAGAACUAGAUUUUAAUACAUUGACGACAGCUGAUCCAAUAGAAUCUCAAAAAAAAGCGAUAGACUUCAUUCUCUAGGGUUAAGCAUCCUCUUAAGCAUUUACAGCAACUGUUCAUACAAAACUUAUUCCUUCAGAAGAAUACGAUAUCUACAAAAACAUCCUUGUUAACUAAGUAGAAGUAUCAGGAGUGGAAGAUUAGAAAAUAAAGCAAGACUUAGAGCUAUCAGUCUCUAAUUUAACUAAUGCUCUAUCUGAUUGGACACACCUUAACCUCAAUGGAUCUUCAGAUAUUUUUUACGCUAUUCAUCUUUUGAGCUAUAUUGGAACAAGAAUUGCAGGAGCAUUCCAUACUGAUGGUAGAUCAGUCUUCUUAGAGUAUAGUGCAAGAGAUAUGCAUUUUUCAACAAGACAUUCAGACCCAGUUGAGAAUUAUUCUAAAUUACCCAAAUCAGAAACUCCAAGAUUCUUAGGCCUAUCGCUGAAUGACAAGUUCCUCUAAGAAUUUUUCUUGGAAUUCUUAGAAAGAAGAAAAGAAAUAAAUGUACUCGAAUUCAUUCAACUUUUCCCUGAUUUUGAUACUGUAUCAAAGGAAAUGAAGGUUGGGUAACUCCUACCAUUAUUCCCUUCAUUGGAGGAUAAAUAUAGCAAAGAUGAUUUCUUCAGCCUUAUGAUAAAUCCUAUCAAGUAACUUGAAGAUGGCGUAGAAUAUGCUAACAAAAAUAUAAAGUUUUAAUUCAAGAAAGACUAAAUUGAAAUCCUCAUUCCUCUCAUUUUUGACAUAGUCGUUCACCAUAAUGAAGCAUGGGACAUCUUCAGAUAAGGUUUCCUUGGAUUUGGAUUAAGCGCAACUCUCAAACAACAAGAAGAUAAGCCAUUGAAAUUCUCAUUCAAAGCAAAUGCAGGAAUCAAAAAGUUAGUUCUUAUCGAUUAAUCAGUUGAAGACCCAGAUGAUUAAAAUAUGGAGCAUGAGUCUGGAGCGAUAGUUGGAUUAGCUAAUCUAUUUUUAAGGAAACAGCUCAAACCUCAGACAGUAGAAGCACCAUUGCAUUUAGCUGAGAUCUAUCCUCAAUUUGAUGUUAAGACUAUUGCAGAACAAAUUAAAGCUAGAAUUAUUCCUGGUUUCUUAGAUGUAACAGUAGGUGAAUUCAACUUAGAUGCUAUUUCAACUGAAGGAUUUGAUUUAGUUAACUUAAUCACACCAGUUAGCGAGGGAUUCCACGGAGAUGCUAUGAAAAAGAAAUCAGCAUAUGAGAAAAAACAAAAAAGAUUAGAGUACUAAUCGAAUCUUUAGAAAGAUGUUGAAGAUAGAUAGGAAAAAGAAGAACUAUGA